UGAGUGAGCGAGCUGCAUGUGAUCAUGUGAUGUUGAGUCUAGGUUGCUGAGCUGUUCCUGUGUUUGCCCAGUGUUGUAGAAUGCGGUGAAGUGGAGAGAGAAUCCCGAGAGCAGAGUGGAGUUGCUGGCCUGGGGGGGUUGGCAGCUUCCUUCCUCCAGUGUCUCAGUACUAGAAUCUGGCAGUUUAGCCCUUCGCUUGCCUGUGUAAUGGAGCCGCAGCUGCAAACCGUAGCAUUGGACAGUUAGAUGUGGAGGAAUGAUGGGGGGGGGGCCUCGCUAGUAUGUGGAAACGGGAUCCAAAGCAAGCAGUUGGAAGCCAGUAUUUUGCCAGUAAAAGAGUGCUCAGUACUUGGAAGGAGGCAAUGCCCGUGGACGAUGAAGUUGGGUCUGAGCAGCAUGCAGCAAAUGCUCAGCAGGAAAACUCUGAGCCCAUGAGUGAGGAGAUGCUUCGCAAUGCCUACCACCUGUCCCGGCUACGGAGUUCCUCUGUGGAAAUACGGGAGAAAGGGUCGGAGCGGUUAAAGGAGGAGCUGGCGAAGGCACAGAGGGAGCUGAAGCUGAAGGAUGAAGAAUGCGAGAAACUAUCUAAAGUGCGGGAGCAGUUGGAGCAGGAACUGGAGGAGCUGACGGCCAGUCUCUUUGAGGAGGCGCAUAAGAUGGUGCGGGAAGCAAACACUAAACAGGCCACAGCUGAGAAACAACUCAAGGAAGCACAAGGGAAGAUUGAUGUGCUACUGGCUGAGGUAACUGCACUGAAGACCCUUGUGAUUACAUCUACACCAUCCUCUCCCAAUAGGGAGCUGCACCCACAGCUCCAGAGUCCCUCAAAGGCUGUCUUUAAGAAAGGUCACAGUCGCAACAAAAGCUUGAGUAGUGCCAUCGUCACGGCAGCAACACAGAAUACCCAGUUACAGCCAGUCAGCAAGGAUGGCAGGGAGAUCGACCUGAUUUUAUUUGAUGAGUUCCAGGCAUGGAAGGAGGAACCAACACUGGAUAAGGCUUGCCCGUUCUUGGAGAGGAUAUACCAGGAGGAUAUCAGCCCAUGUCUCUCCUUUGCCAAGCAUGAGCUGACAGAAGCAGUCCAGACUGCCGUGGAGAGCAACACUUUGAGUAUUGAGCCAGCUGCUGCCCAAGCAUUACCAGUAGUCAAGGCCUCAGCAAUAGAGUGUGGAGGACCAAACGGGUGGCGGUCUGAAGUAUUGACGAAAUGUGCACUGAGUGGCCUGCCCAGAACCUGUAAACAUCGCAUCAAGCUGGGAGACUCAGGAAAUUAUUUCUACAUUUCACCAUCCUGCAGGUCCAGGAUUACCGCUGUUUGCAACUUCUUCACAUAUAUUCGUUAUAUCCAGCAAGGUCUAGUCCGACAAGAUGUGGAACAGAUGUACUGGGAAGUGAUGAAGCUGAGGAAGGAGAUGUCUAUUGCUAAACUGGGAUACUACACAGAGGAGUCUUAGUGUCCAGGUUAAUGCCCCAGAUGCAGGACUAAGCUGCCAUGCAAGGGGCCAUUCAUUUACAUAAUGGACUUAAACAAAAUGGGAAAUAACGCCAUCUAAAAACAAACACAAGAGCCUUUGAAUCCAUGAAAAACAGGGAACAAACAGGAAGUGUGGUAAUGGGCCCAGGAUGAGUGAGUGACUGGCUCUGUGGCCUGGGCUGUGUUUUAAAAACACAAAUUAAAUGCUACGGAGAGGCUAUGGAUGAUAUACAGGGUAAUUUUAAUAUCCCAUUAGCCAUUGAUCAAAGAUCCUGCAACUUUGACCUCUGUUACAACAGCCAAGAAUUGUAAACCACCAUAACUUAGCCUUUGUGCCUAAUAGGCCUCAGUGGCUUAAUUUUUUUUGUUUAACUGAUGUAAGAUGGAAAAAAGUGGUUUAUAAGGGGAUCAUUUGAAGGAAAAAGAUUUUUUUCCUUUUGACGUAACAAUAGUAUUGGAAUAUUGGACUUUGAGUAGGACAUUAGGCCCAGCUGUGAUUGGUCAGUUGGUUUUUGCCCUCCAUGGGGCACUAUUCACCAGCUAAUUUUAAAAGCCUAUGGACAGGGCCAGUGUUGGCUGAAUCAGUCCUGCUACUUCAUAUCAGCAGCAGUGGUGCUAGGCAGAGAAAUGUGCAGUGAAAAGAGGAAUGUAGAGAAACUCCAUCUGCACCCAUAAAGCUGUCCAUACUGUCAUCUCCCAGCUGAGACCCAUCCUGAACCGACCUAUUGGAAUAUUAAUUUGCAAUGCACUGUUACUGUACACAGCACUCCAUUUCAACACUUAAGUGUUGGUCAUUCUAAACCAGCAGCUGAUACUCAACAUCUUUCUGGUGUUCCUGAGGUCUCAGCGCUGUACAGUGCGGACUGCACCCUAGCCUUAUGCGAUCUCCUGUUCACACUCCAUAGUACAUCUCUCCUCUUCUGGAAUGGUCUUCAUAAUUUUUCAAAUAGGAGAACAUUGUGUUUCUUAUGUUCUUGCAUUCCACCCACCACCCCCACCCCAACCAACUUUGGAUGCACCACCUCCUUGGUAACUAGUCUCCUCAGCAAUAAAUGUUGUGCCCUGUAUAAUGUUUCCAAAUGCCUCAUUAUCUGUGUGCACAGAAUCCUGAGAAUGGGAACCAAUAUUUUACCAAGAGUUUCAGUUUUUAAUCUUCAAUUACAAAAUGGCUUGAGCCAUGUAUCAUUCCUUACAUGUUUAACUUGUACUAGAGUAUUAUAAUCACUAUGAAAUUCCUUAUAAUCCAUAUGUUAUUAUUAAAGGAGCACUGUCAAAUGUUUGGCAAACAUUGUCUAAAAAUAAUUCAUGCCAAUUUUCUCCCCUUCUCCUAUCUUCAAGGUGCUGCCUCUUGCCAGGAUGCAAAGGCCCUGGUUGCCCUCCAGUAUUUGGCUCAAGUGGUCACUCUUCAGCUUAGUGAGUGAGUGGGUACUGGUAGGCUGUUCAAACCUGGGAACUAUCGUAGGAGAGCCUGAUCCCCUUUCCAUGUACUUCCCAGCAGGAGUCACUGGAUUGUGAUCAGGAGGAGGACCCCUGGUUCUUUUUUUUUUUUUCCACCCUCUUAACUGGCCUGAAAAAUACAGCAGCCCUUGCAUCAUCCAAUUGACAUUAACUAAUCUGAACAAAUCUGAGACCAUCAUGUCCUUAUAACUCAGUGCCACACUGGAUGGUGUACUUAUCCAAUGAGUUGUUGGUGAAAUCUUUGUUUAGAAAUAUCAUGACAUAAAUCAUAUCAUAGUGUAAUAACAUGUUAGUUGUGAGAUAUCAGCCUAUCAACUGUGACACAGUAUUCUCCUGGCUUUUCCUGUUCCUGAUUUCCCCUCCAUCCCCUACAAAAGAAAAGCGUUUGCCAAACACUUUUUUCCUUUAGGUAGUGCUCCUUUAAGCUGCAUGGUGCAUGCUUAUCUUUUUACAUUGACUUUUUUUUCAGGUAUCAUUAAUUCCAGUGUUUAUUGUGGAGAAUUGUCCUCCAUUUGCCAAAUGUAAUGGCUAUUGGACGCAGGGGCUUCCUGUCUUCCUGAAAACCAGUUGGAGUUUCCCUUCUAUGGGUUGGACUGACUGCACAGUUAUAUAAAUGUGUAAUACAUUUCUAGUGUAUAAAAUAACAACUAAUUAAAAACUGACAACUUGCUCCUUUUAAAUGAACAAAGUGAUGUUGAUGGGCAUAGUUUUGAAAGAAUAUUUUUUUGCACGUUAAUAAAUUGUAGACUGGAA